AUCAACCCGGCUUUGGGCACUACCUUUCAAAAACUGUUCUGUUUCCUUGGCGUGCAUUCCAAAAUUCUCCAUAACUCCUCGAUGAUGCCCUGCUUUCUCAGUCGUUUGCUAGGCCUUGGGAGGUGCGGCCUGCAAGUGCUUCACAGGUGGUUGGUCCACUUAAACCACUGCACCUUGGCCUUGGCAACUCUCGACCUGGUCUGCAUUGUGAGUCUGCUCCACUACCAACUCGUGCGGCACGGCCGAGACCUAUUCUUUUGGUGCGAGGAGCUGAACCAGCGGCUCGUGGAGUACCUGCUCUCCGGAAUCGUGCUGAUUGCCAGUGUGAGCGUUCUGGGCUCUUGUGUGGACGGCAUCAUCUUCUCCGCCCUGGUUCGCCGGCAAAUGAGUCGUCACGAUAUGCCCAGGCCGUACUUCGAAGAACGUUACCGACGGUUCGUGUUUAUGCGGCUAGUGAGGAACUUGGAGGACGCCCUUAAGGUGCAGGCCAAGCAUUCCGAGAUGGGUGACAAGAUGAUGACUCCCCCCGAGAAUCUUUCCGAAGCUCAGCAGCUGAUCAGGGAGGCAAUCGACGAGUUUCGCACCGCAGUGCGUGUUCUACUCUGGCCCAACCGAUCCGACCUCCUGGCGGAGGCGUUUGUCCUCUUUCACAUCAGCGAAUCACAACUUUCGGAGCUGGAACUCCAUGGCUACAAGCUGAACGAUGUGGAGUUACCGGACAUAACCAAUGCCCGUCUGAGCCAUAUGUUAAAUCCACUUUGGUAUUGAAAGUCUCCAAAAAUUAAAGAUAACCUUUUAUAAAGUA